GACUUCUUGCAGGAAAUGAACUACCUCAGAUUCUCUUCAUAUAUGCAUAUACAGAUAGAUAUUCCCAAUCUCUUGUCGAGCGUCGCCCGGUCUGCUCUCAAGCAUCGAAGGAAGAAGAUGAACUGGAUCAGCCGAAAGAUGCAUCUCUACAACGUAACCAUGGGCCUCUACAUGCUCGACUGGUGGGAGCGCUGCCUCUUCAAUGUAUUGUUGCUUACUUUGCUUUGGUUUAUCUGCUACAAUGGAUCUCGAUUUGCCACGGAGUUUUACGAAGGCGGCCAUCUGAAGUAUAAACUUUUGGUCGACGGAAGGCUUCCAAAUGGAUGGAGCAUACCAUCCUAAUCAUACUCAACAACAACACAAGAAUGUGAAAGUUCACACAAAACCUGUGGAAGGCAUGCAUUUAUUUCUUCUUGGUUUCUGAGAAAAGAACAACAGGAGACUAUUCCUUUGAUAGUAGUAUGUAAGCAAAUUAUAUUUGUA